GUGAAAUGUCGACCUACAAUAAUUUCGCCGUUGCUGGUGUCGGAAAUGUUGGCAAAUUUAUUGUCGAGGAGCUACUCAACCAGAAGGCCGCUGGGAAAGCUCACGAAGUUAUCAUCUUAACGCGCAAGGGAUCCAACAAUGAGGCAGUCACCGAGCUUUCAUCGCGCGGUGCCAAAGUCGUCGCCGUCGACUACGACUCGGUCUCUGCUCUCGCUUCCGCUCUCACAGGCGUGGACGUCGUCAUCUCCGCGCUAGGCUACGCUGCCAUCUUCGCCCAACAACUGAACCUAGCAGCAGCAUCCAAGAUAGCCAAAGUCGGCCUUUUCAUACCAUCGCAGUAUGGUCUCCCCGGUCGUGCCGGAAUCCCAAGCGAGAAGGAACUCAAAGAGAAGCUGGACGGAGUCGGCAUGUCGGUUUUCCUGGACGGCGCUUUGGCUGAUAUUCUGUUCAAGUAUGCCGACUACGCCAACCUGAUUCUGGAGAAGGGCGAGGCUACGAUCCCCGGGGAUGGGACGGCCCUGAUCUCAUUCACAGACCGUCGCGAUGUCGCUCGGUAUGUCGCGUACGUUCUCACCACACUUCCACCAACACGCCUCGCGAACCGGGAAUUCCGCAUCGAAGGUCAGCGCGCUUCUCUGAAAGCAAUCGUCGAUGAGUAUCAGGCGCGCACGGAAAAAACGUUGAAGGUGACGUACCUGCCGACGGAAGAUCUGGAGAACGCGCUCAAGAAGAAUUCCAAUGACAUCUUGAGUGUUAUCCGGUUGGCUUGGGCUACGGGUAAAGGGAUAGUUGGGGAAGAAAGCGAGCUUGCCAAUUCAGAGUUCCCGGAAUGGAAACCAAAGACUGUGAUAGACAUCCUCCUAGUCAAAGAAUCUGCUAGAUCUUCGAAUUGGGCCUCCUUAGGCCCUGUUGAAUACUGGACACGAAGGGGCCAAGGCGCAUGA